CGCAUUAUCCCAAUGGAGGUGGGAGGAAGAACAAUGCCAGAGGCGAUACUGGUGGAGAUAAUUGCAAGAUUACCUUUGAGAAUCAUCGCCAGAUUCAAAUCCGUGUGCAAGCAAUGGAAAUCAGUAAUCGAAUCCUUGUAUUUCCGUCGUUUCUUCAUCUCUCUGCACAAAAAAUCAUCUUCCUCCUGGUCUCUCAUGUUCAGGUCCGAUUAUACUCAUCCCAUCACAGAAGCUAUAAGCUUCCACGGAUGCCAAACAUCGGAUCUCCCCAAGUCUCUAGGCUCUUACAUCAUUCCUUCUUUUCAAAGGUAUCCAAAUCUACCUACCUCAAGAUACUUCUACGUAGCUUCUUCCAAUGGAUUGAUAUGGAUCAAUGUGUUCGUUACUCGCACUGAUAACAUGGCUUACAGUUACAAAUCCUUCGUUGGUAAUCCAGUUUUACAACAAUGGGUUGAAAUCCCUCCGCCUCCAGACCAAUGUACAGCCACUGGUUUGGUAACGCGUGUGGAUGAGAACGGCGCCGUUUCAGGGUUCAAAGUGGUUAGGACUUGUGACACUUGGAGGAGGACUGAACCUAGAGACAUGGGUGGGAUGUAUGUGUGGAGAGUUUUUGUGUAUUCGUCUGAGACAGGGACAUGGACUUUCAAGAGACUUCUCUCUUCUCAUCCGGUCAACUACACUGGCUCUUACCCUCCCGUGAAUCAUAACGGUAUGCUUUAUCUUCGGGAAAAAGGUUCGGAUCCUAAUGAACCUACUGGUGUCCUUGUAGCUCAUGACUUCUAUGGCCCUGAAGACGAUAAUCGAUGCCUGGUUAUACCUCUCCCUCUUAUGUCUAGCGAAAACGUUAGGAGAUGCUUGACUACUUCAGGGGAAGAUGUUUUCUAUGUUGAGAUACUGUGUCCAAGACUUAAGGUUUGGAGGCUGAAUAACAACUACUCUGUGAGUAGUGAAUGGUGGCAUUUGUCACGGGAACAAGAAAUCAACUUGGCGUCUGUUCUGGAUUGUUUUCCCAUGGCAGUGAAUCCGUUUGAUGCUGAUAUCGUCUAUCUGUGGAGUCAACAGCACGAAUGUUUGGUAUCUGGUAACUUACGGACACAAGAGUUUACUGUCCAUCGUCAAGAAUCAGAGAAUUGGGGUGAUAGUGAAGGUUGUUGGCGCAUUAACACGUCAGAUUCUAAGGGGUAUGUGGAAUAUAACUGCAAUGUAACCACGGUCUUCAUCUUAUCUCCAUUUGUGCUCCAACGGUGGAUGGAUUCAGUACCUUGUCCGUCAAAUUGAGCAGCCUUCUUAGGGAGUUGGUAACUUUUUUAACAUGUUUUUUUUCGGUGUUUACGUAUUUUGUUUCAUCCCUGAUUAUAAGCAGGACAUAUUUGUUAGCUC